UAUUACAUGAAUAAAUUCUUUUACUUAGAAUACCUCAUAUUUAACAUAAUUUUCCAUAAAAAAAUAAGAUUAAUGAUUUAUAAAAUUUAUCAAAAUGUAACUCCAUCAAUAUGCAAACGUAAAAAUAUCGAUACUUAAAGAGAAAUGGUGAUCAAUGCAAAUUGAUUAUUAUUCCAUGUGAGCAAAGAUCAACAGCUUCAAAAUGAAAACAGGUUAUGAUGUUAUAUUCUCAGAAAAGACAAGUAAUUAGACAAAUAUUAUGCAAAAUUAACCAAAUACUUCUGAAAAAAAAAUUAAAAAAUUGAGAUAUUCUUAAAUAGAAUUUUUUAAUACACAAAUUCUGUUACACUUUUUACAUAUACAUAGUUUAGGUUACCAUACAAUCUUCGAAAUUUCGGAACAAUUUAUAAGUCAAAAAGACACAAGUGGAUUGCAUAAUUUUUAUACCUGAUUUCGUGUUAUAUAGUGAUGUUUUAUUGAGGAAAAAAGAAUUUUAACUUACCGCAAAAUUCAUCAUAUAUAAAACCAAACAGAAAAAUUUAAGUAUUUGACAAAUUUUUAAUUGAUAAUGUUUUUAUCAAAAAGAUUGCUAAAAGGUGCAGCUCUUGGAAUAAUUGGAUUGGGAACGCUAGCAUCCUUAAGAGCAAAUGAAUAUGACUUGGGAGCUAUAGGUAUUGUACGAUUAGGACGUGCUGCAAUUACUGUCUUUAUAAUUGGGAGGCAUUAUAGAAACGAAUUAUAUGGUAGUAAUUUAGAUCCAAAUACUCAGGAAUAUCUUGACUUAAAAUCAAAAGUACAUAAAUAUGGAGCACAGAAACUCUUAGAACUUUGCUGUGCCAACAAAGGUGUUUAUAUAAAAGUAGGUCAACAUAUCGGCGCACUAGAUUAUUUAUUGCCAUCAGAAUAUGUUAAUACAAUGAGGGUGUUACAUAGUUCAGCACCACAGUCAUCUUUUAAAGAUAUACUUACUGUUAUUAAAGAAGAUUUCAAGAAAGAUCCAUACGAAAUAUUUGAAAGUAUUGAUCCUGAACCUUUAGGCACUGCUAGUUUAGCACAAGUUCAUAAAGCUAUAUUAAAAAAUGGUGAUGUUGUUGCUGUUAAAAUUCAACAUCGAUCAGUUAAAACAAACUCCUAUGUAGAUAUAAAAACUAUGUCAGCCUUAGUAAAAUUAACAUCAUUAGUUUUCCCUGAUUUUAAAUUUGAUUGGCUUGUUGAUGAAACUAAGAAGAAUAUUCCUCGAGAGUUGGACUUCACUCAAGAGGGAAAAAAUGCAGAAAAAAUUCAAAAUAUAUUUUCACAUUAUCAUUGGUUAAAAAUACCAAAAAUACAUUGGGAAAUUUCAUCACCACGAGUUCUAGCAAUGGAAUUUUUGGAAGGAGGACAAAUUAAUGAUUUAAAAUACAUCCAAACCAGUAAUUUAAAUCCAUAUGAAGUUAGCAGUAAAUUAGGUCGACUUUAUAGCCACAUGAUAUUCAUUGUUGGUUUUGUACAUUCAGACCCACAUCCUGGUAAUGUUUUAGUCAGAAAGAAAAAUAAUGAAGCAGAAAUUAUACUUCUAGAUCAUGGAUUGUAUGCAAACCUUUCAAAUGAAUUUCGAUGGGAAUAUUCUAAACUUUGGUUGGCAAUAUUUGAUGGCAAUAAAGCUGCAAUGCAAACACAUUGUGCUAAUUUAGGUGUUGCAGAUUUGUAUGGGUUAUUAGCUUGUAUGGUAUCAGGACGAUCUUGGAAUACAAUUAUAACUGGUGUUCAGAAAACCAAAUAUGAUAUACAGGAAAAAGAGGAAUUUCAAAAAGAAAUACCAAAUUUAUUACCACAAAUUAGCACUGUACUAGAUAAAGUGAAUAGGCAAAUGUUAUUAAUCCUUAAAACAAAUGAUCUUAUGCGUUGUAUCGAAUAUUCUCUCAACACAGAAUCAAGAAUGUCAGGAAUGUUGGAAAUGUCAAAAUGUUGCAUACAAUCUGUAUAUGGAGAGAAACUGAAAACCUGCACGAACAUAUGGGAAAAGUGGAAAGUUUCUAUAUCUCAACAAUGGGCACUCUUUAAAUUAUCAUUAUAUUAUAUAUACUUGGGAGCAUUAAAUUUUAAUAUACAAAAUUCUGUUAACUCAUUUAUGAAAAACGAAUUUUAUACUUUUUAACAUUGAUAUUGUUCUAGGAAAAAUUUGCUAUGUAUAACAUUUCUUUAAAUAUGUUAUGAUUUGAUUAAUUUAAACAAAUAAUUUUAAAAAGUUGUAUUUCUUUAUAAUAUUUUUUUUUUCACUUUUCCAUGUUUCACAUUUCCCAGUUUCAUAAAAAUAAAAAUUAAUUUGUGAUAAAUAAGAACAAUAUUCAUAUUAAACAAGUGUGUAUAUUUUAAUAAUUGCGCAAAUUUAUUGUGCCAUAUCUUGAUUGUCAAAUAGUCAAAGUUAUCCCAAUUAAAGAAUAAUAUUAAAUAUUUAUUAUAAAUAUGUAUGUAUAUACAUAUUAUAUACAAUCAUACAUUUUUAUUUUAUUGUUAUAAUUUAUCAUAUUUACGUAUAUUUUGCAUGAGAUGCGAAAACUUGUACAUUUUGUUUCCCCUUCAUUAGUAGAAUAGAAGAAAUAAAUUAUAUCUGAUCGAUUAUUGUAUUUAAUAAUAAAAUACGACAAUAAAUAUGUUUGAUCAUGAA